GGUAGGAGGUUUCAAGGCGCCCCGUGGAGAAGCGCUAGGGACCUUGAAUGAAGGGCUGCUUGAAACCGUUUUAUCAUUACUGUGGAGCAAUGUGGAGUCAGCGUAUCAACUUUACAGUGAUAGAGCUGCAGAUUCAACAGGAGUGGCGGAGAAAGUUUCUUACAUUGUGUUGUAAGGGAGAGGAGGGCCGAGCUCAAAAGGAGGCAGAUGUUUGGGGAUUCUGAUGAUGAAAUAUGUGGAGUAGUCUCGAAAAAAAGGGGUCAUGAAUACCUGAACGCAAAAAACUCUGAGCUGGAGGAUAGUUUGUGAUUCGCCUACGAGUGAUCAGACACGUCUGGAGCUCCAGAUCGGAUUGGAGGAAUAUCCCAUUGUAACAAGUUUCGCGGAACACGAACAUUCUAGCAAUCAAUGAUGGCUGUAUGGGAAGUCAAUCCAUGCCUCUUAUUCAUCGCAACACUUCUGCUUGGACUGUCUUCCGCCCAGUAUCACGGAGAGAAGGGUAUCUCCGUCCCAGAGCACGGGUUCUGCCAACCCAUAUCUAUCCCCCUGUGCACAGACAUCCAGUAUAAUCAAACUAUCAUGCCAAACCUCCUGGGACACACCAACCAGGAGGACGCAGGACUGGAGGUGCACCAGUUCUACCCCUUGGUCAAAGUUCAGUGUUCUCAAGAUUUGAAGUUUUUCCUCUGUUCCAUGUAUGCGCCGGUGUGUACUGUUCUAGAACAGGCAAUUCCUCCCUGUCGCUCUCUGUGUGAGCGUGCGAGACAAGGAUGCGAGGCCCUCAUGAACAAGUUCGGCUUCCAGUGGCCCGAACGACUCCGCUGUGAGAACUUUCCAGUGCACGGAGCAGGAGAGAUCUGUGUGGGACAGAACAAAUCAGACCCCGACAUCCCGGCGACAGACCCUGCGCCUUAUAUACCGGACCCCUUCACUCCACGCAUGCAUGCGCCACGCCAAAGUCAGGCUUUUACUUGCCCUCUUCAACUCACAGUCCCUUCCUACCUCAAUUACCAGUUUUUAGGGGCAAAAAACUGCGGCGCCCCUUGCGAGCACAAACAGCCGCACGGCCUGAUGUACUUCAAGGAGGAAGAGGUCCGAUUCGGUCGGCUCUGGGUGGGAAUCUGGUCAAUCCUGUGCUGUGUGAGUACCCUGUUCACGGUCCUCACUUACCUUGUGGAUAUGCGCCGGUUCCGUUACCCAGAACGCCCCAUCAUCUUCCUUUCCGGGUGUUACUUUAUGGUGGCGGUGGCUUAUGCGGCCGGGUUUUUGCUGGAGGAUAAGGUGGUCUGCAUUGACAAGUUCAGGGAUGACGCUUAUAGGACUGUGGCUCAGGGGACUAAAAAAGAAGGUUGCACCAUUCUCUUCAUGAUCCUGUAUUUCUUCGGCAUGGCCAGCUCAAUCUGGUGGGUGAUCCUGUCUCUGACGUGGUUCCUUUCUGCUGGAAUGAAAUGGGGCCAUGAAGCAAUCGAAGCUAACUCUCAAUAUUUCCACCUGGCAGCAUGGGCCGUCCCUGCUGUGAAGACCAUCACCAUCCUCGCCUUGGGACAAGUGGAUGGUGACCUUCUGACCGGCGUAUGCUACGUGGGCAUCUACAAUGUUGACGCCUUACGUGGAUUCGUCCUUGCCCCCUUGUUUGUUUACCUCUUCAUCGGAACGUCUUUUCUUCUGGCUGGAUUUGUCUCGUUGUUCCGCAUCCGUACCAUUAUGAAGCAUGACGGCACCAAGACAGAAAAGCUGGAGAAGCUGAUGGUGCGUAUUGGCGUUUUCAGCGUCCUCUACACCGUUCCGGCUACUAUCGUUAUUGCAUGUUACUUCUACGAACAAGCGUUCCGUGAGCAGUGGGAAAAAACUUGGCACAUGCAGACGUGCAAGCGUUUUGCCGUGCCGUGCCCGGCCAACAACUUCGCGCCAAUGACGCCGGAUUUCACUGUGUUUAUGAUCAAGUACCUCAUGACUAUGAUCGUAGGAAUCACAUCAGGAUUCUGGAUCUGGUCUGGAAAAACUCUACAGUCGUGGCGCAAGUUUUACAAGCGGCUGGGCAACAACCAGGGCGAGACGACAGUGUGAACUGAGCUUUGUGAGAAAUACAGGUCAAUAUUGAAAGGAAACGUGAACUGCGAUCAGGUCACACAUACUACAUUAAACCAUGCUGAUGGUAGAAGACACUGCUGCGUGAGCCCAGCAUGAUGCUUUUCUCAUUUAUAAAGUGCCCAGACUUUGCCAAUCCUUUUGAAAGCACAACUCCAAAGAACAUGCAUUUCUCCAAUGGACUAAAUCUCAAAAUGGUUUUUAAACUUCAAGCCUUGGAAACCCUACUAAUGAUUUUAAUGGAAAAGAUGGCAGAACUCUUAUCUUUCAUACUGAUGUGGGGACUUUAAUGAUGACUUCGGUUAUCAGGAGUAUACGCCACGUUUUCUUCACCCCGUGGCGUGCAAAAAUCUCUGCAAUUUUGUCUUGUGCCUUGCAGUACUGAUCAAUUCCUGUUGUUGAAUGAAUGUCUCUCUUGUUUUGUUUUUUUUACCACAUUUUUGUUCAUUUUCUCAUAGAUUACAUAUUUUAGUAUUUGGUUGCACAUGGCCAUUUAUUUAGAUUUUAGAACUAGUUAAAUUUAAUGUUCUUUGGUCAUGAGUUGCUUAUUCAUCCAUGUUGCCAUAUCAAGCCAGGUCUCAUGAAGUAAUUUAAUAUUCUGCCAUUUUAAAGGCCUUAGUGACGCGAAAGUGACUGACAGGAUUAAAAAUGUUUAGCCCAGAAGUAUGUACAGGAGGAAAUGUUACCAUAUUUCGUUUUUUGUAAAUAUCACAUUUCUGUCAAAAGAUGUAUGAUGUAUUUAAGCAGAUGAAUUUUGUUUAAGGCCUUUUUCAAUUUCACUUAAUAAAGUGAUUAGAUUUUUAAAAGCUG